AUGGCUACAUCGAGUCUAGCAGAGUGGAGGAAAGGCGCACAUAUCAUACAGAACACAACAGAGAAUUGCAGUGUAGAAAUUGGAUUUACUGGUGGUAUUCAAUACACCGAUUACGAUGUGGAGACCAUGCAACUAGCAGCACCAUGGUAUCUGUACUACAUAGCAAGUGAAGUCUCCAUACCGGAGACUGCAGGGCGACUUCUCGCACAGAUGCAUCCGGGUAAUGUAAGUAUUGGCUGUAUGGUGGGACGACGGCCGCCCAGUGCCUUUUACUAUGGCAUCUGCUUCUAUCGUGGGCAUUGUAAUGACUGGACUGAUGAGAGAAAGCUGCCCGAAUCAUCUGCUAACUUGACGCUCUUCCCACCGACGAAAACAUGGGGACCAAGAGAUAAAUUCCUUGGCUCAAGCUUGGUGAUGGGGGCGAAAUUGCGUACAAGCUCUUAG